GGAAAGUUUUGACACCCACUUCGACAUUGUUGGCGGAUCUGCUGAGGACACACACAGAGAGAGCAGUCCAGUACUUGAGUCAGUAUGAAUGGUCCCUUCAGUCCCAGGCGGGAACCAGGACCUGACCUCUCCUGUCUGCACCAGUACAACGAGUGGCUGGCGUGCAGGCAUGAGUCCAGUCUACUGCCCAUGAAAGAAGAUCUGGCCAUCUGGCUUAACAGAAUCCUUGGUUUGGAUAUAACCGUGGAUGACUUCAUGGACAGACUAGACACUGGUGUCGUCCUGUGUCAGCUUGCAGAGGUGCUGCAAGAGAAGAUGAUUCUGGCCUGCAAUGGAAAGCCUUUUAUUCGGCGUGUGAUUCGCUGGCGGUCUGAUGCAGCCUCUGGAUCAUUCUUCGCUCGAGACAAUACUGCGAAUUUUCUGUACUGGUGCCGUAAAAUUGGAGUGGAGCAAUCACACCUGUUUGAAUCUGAAGAUCUUGUUCUUCAGAAGCAGCCCAGGGAUGUGUGCUUGUGUCUCAUGCAACUUGGGAGAAUUGCUUCAAGGUAUGGCAUUGAGCCGCCUGUGCUGGUCAAGCUUGAGAGAGAGAUUGAGAAAGCCGAAGAUGAGUCUUUGUCACCAUCCAUGUAUUUCGCCUCACCUCUGCCGUCUCCCUCCACCCCACCUGUUUUUUUCCUUCCUGAUCCAGAGCCCCCUCCAACCACAACCCCCUCAUCCAUCUCCCCUCCACCAGACCCUUUUCCCUUGCCUUCUCUGGCCCCUCCCCCUCCCCCUGAGUCCACGUCCAUCUUCUCUGACUCAAACACCCAGUCAGAACCUCAACAAACUUCACCAACUGCACCAUCACCCAUUCAGACACCCAUCAAAUCAACGCCGCCCUCACCGUCAAAUGGCCUUGUGAAGACUAGAGGGAAAAAGAGCAGCGGUAACUUGCUGGAUGCCAUUGUGAAGCAGAUAUCAGAGGAUCCACCGUGCAAAUGUCCAGUCAAAUUCUGCAUCGAAAAGCAGCCAAAAGGCCAUUAUCGUGUUGGAGACAAAGUCCUCUAUGUCAGGAUGCUGAAUGAUAAACAUGCCAUGGUGCGUGUUGGUGGUGGAUGGGAGACCUUUGGUACUUACUUGUUAAAGCAUGACCCGUGUAAGAUGACUGAGGUCGCUCGGCCUGGAACCAAAACCUGCAAGCCUAACGGCAGGUCCCCAGUCAAGAGAGAGCUGUCCCGGGACAGUUAUCUGGUCGUAGGUACUCAUUCCCACUUCAAGAAGUAAUGUGACUCAAUAACUGCUAUUUCUGUUAAAUCAACUGCAGGCUGAUUUUUUAUUUUUGUCAAGGAGUGAAGCAACCCAGUUGGCUUUUUUGUUUUUUUGGUCCUCAACCUUUUGGGUCUUGACUCAAAAAUGUGUCACAGGUCUGUUCUAGUCGUUGCACAGACAGCUUAUUAACAGGGUUGCACAUAAGUGGUCCGCAGGUCAGCAUGUGCGACCAAAAUAAGAAAUGCGCUGUGUAAAUUAGUUCAGUGCGUGCGUUUGUGUACCGACAUGGUUGACAGCUGUUAAUGGACAUUUAACAUUUUAGAUCGACAAACUGUACUGUAUAAGAUCUCUAUGUCAAACUGAAAGCAUAAAUCUUUAUGAUCUUUAUCUAAAGAACUAAAUGUAAAUCCAGUUCUAAAAAUAAAAGCAACUGAGAGCUACCAAUGUUAUACAGUACUUAAAUCUCUUAAAUAAUUUAUCAAUCCAAACUGUUAUACACAACAACAAAAAAAUAAAUACUGAUACACACACUGAAAUAAUUUUACAGAGUCAAGUUUUAUGACAAAAGUCAUAAAAUAAAAUUAAGCAGCACAAUGCACUUUUUAUUUGCCUAAACCGUGAAAUUAAAAAUAUUU